AUGCGAUACGGGGGGAACUCCUUUAAUAUCCCGUCUCUACGCGGUUGGCCACGUAUGCUGGCCGCACUUUCCACUAUCUCCAGCGUCCGAGUAGCAGAGCGCGGGGCGGGGCGGCCCGGGGGCGGGGCGGGGCGGGCCGUGCUUCUUGCCCGCCCUGCCGGAGUGCCGCCCGCGGGGCGCUCCGCGCACAGAGAGGCGGGAGAGGCGCGGAGCGGAGCAGUGUGCGAGCAUCGCGGGACGCCUCUGCCCUGCCCCGCCCUGCCUCGCCGCGCUCGGCCGGCUCAGGUAACCGCGGGACGAGGCGCGGAGCGGAGGGAGCCCGGCUGUCUGCCCCAGCCGCGAUGCUGCGGGCCCCCGCUCCCCGCUGACGCCGCGGCCCGGGACGCGGGGCUGUUCUGCUCGCUCGUUCCGCCGUUCUCGAGGCGCCGAGGGCUGUGCGCGCGGCCCGGCUGGCUGCGUCGGAGCGCUGCCCUCCGUCCCGGUCGCCCGUCUCUGAGCGCGUUCGUUUCCAAUAAAAAGAAAAAUCCAGCCGCGGAUCCGCCUCCAACCGCGUCCAAGCCCCUGCGGAACCCGGUACAUUUGUGCCGCUAA